GCGUGACUCCACGCACGCAAGCGACUCCAGGGUACGCCGCCGCCACGCGCGCUCGCACGAUCGGUGCGUGGUGACGUUGCGCCGGCGCGGGCGCCAUCCCGGAAGCACGAGCAGGGCCGCCAGAUGUGCAGGCAGCGGAGGAGGAGGAAGAGAUGGACCUCCCGGACUCGGCCUCGAGGGUCUUCUGCGGCCGCAUCCUGAGCAUGGUGAACACAGAUGAUGUCAACGCCAUCAUCCUGGCCCAGAAGAACAUGCUGGACCGCUUUGAGAAGACCAAUGAGAUGCUGCUCAACUUCAACAACCUGUCCAGCGCCCGCCUGCAGCAGAUGAGCGAGCGCUUCCUGCACCACACAAGGACCCUGGUAGAGAUGAAACGGGACCUGGACAGCAUCUUCCGCCGGAUCAGGCUUCGCUGUGCACUUAAGUGUCUGGGACAAUUCCAACCUUGGGAUAAAAUCUUGACGACGCUGAAAGGGAAACUGGCCAGGCAGCACCCAGAGGCCUUCAGCCAUAUCCCAGAGGCAUCCUUCCUGGAGGAAGAGGAUGAAGACCCCAUCCCACCCAGCACCACGACCACCAUCGCCACCUCAGAACAGAGCACGGGUUCAUGUGACACUAGCCCCGACACUGUCUCGCCCUCCCUGAGCCCUGGCUUCGAGGACCUGUCCCAUGUCCAGCCUGGCUCCCCAGCCAUCAACGGCCGCAGCCAGACAGAUGAUGAGGAGACGACGGGCGAAUAGCCCUACUGCCCAGUGCCUUGAGGGGUCUCAGGGCAGCAGCAUACAAGGUGGCAGCGGGUAACCCUGCCUUGUUCUGUCACCCAGGGCUCCUACAGGAACAGGGCUCUCUCCCGAGGGGUGUGGAAUUCCUGGGGGAUCUUUAAUUCUGGCUCCUUCCUUCCUCAGAACAUCUCUCUUCUGCAAGACCCCUCUGCCAUGCCACGGCACGCCCAUUCUGGCUGGAGUUGCAGGGCUGGGCACGGGAAUUUUUCCAGAGCUGAGCCUGACAUCUGCUCUGAAGAAUGCUUAAAAGGUUCCCAGAGACCAGAGCCAUAUGUCCCCCACCCCCGGUCAGGACCUCCUUGAGGUGCACAAGCACGGUCUCCUCUGAGUUCACCCCAGCCCACCCCUGCACCCACUAAUUCUCCUUUUCCUGCCCCUUGCUCCGUAAAAGUAUCAAAUACUGUCUCCUUGGUAUCUCAAAGAGGUUUCUGAGAUAGGUAGAAGUCUUGAGAUGGAGGCUGGCCAUCCAUUCAGCCCUGAGCGUGCUGAGGCCUGUGUUUCUCUGAAUAGAGGUGUGGAACCUGAGGGGCCAGCAGGCCUCUCUGAGGGCCUCCAUGGAGCAAAUGGAGCCACCUUGGGAAAGAGUUUAAUGGAAUAUUUUUGUACCCAAUGUUUACAGAUGCUGUUGGGAAGUUAUCAAUAAAAAGACACCAUUCCUAAAAAGGGAAAAGUA